UGUUUUCGACCCUCAAACGAAUUUGUAUACGGCGCUUCACUUGAAGGAGACGGAUCGAUGGCGCACGCGGCGGCGGUGUACCGGCGGGUGCUCAAGGCGGUGCAGAAGCACGUCGGCGGGGGAGCCUCCAAAAAGCACUUCCGCGACCUCGUCGCCGCCGAGUUCGGCGCCCCCGCCAGCACGGAGGCCAGCGCCAGGGCCAGGCUGCGCCUCGCCGGGGACUACGCAUACCUCCUCACUAGCGUCCACCGGCACAAGGACCUGCUAUUCUCAUAUAAUAUAGCUGUGGACCGAUCUGAUGAAAUGAAGAAGAUACUGAACAAAUCUGCUGCCAGUGUAGGCCUCCAGCUUCCAGAUAUCUACCAGCCGUGAGAGCUUCUUUUCUGCACGUAUAUGUGACCCAUCAUACCAUCUUUUAGCUAUGAGACUGUUUUUUUAGGUCUAGAUAUGAGACUGUUUCGAAUCCCAAAUUCUAGUAGUUCUGGAAAGUUUAGCUCGCUAGCUGUACUCUUUUCCAAUAAUGAGCAAUGGCAUUGGUUUGUUAAUGAA